AUGACUAUAGACGGUAUAUCAUUGAGUAACCUCUCCCUCCGCUGGGCCGACAACCAGCCCGACAACGCGAACAACAACGAAGACUGCGUGUUCAUGAACGGCGAGGGCGAAGUAGCUGAUGUCAGCUGUAGCGCCGUUUAUCCUUUCUUUUGUACUAAGAAGAGCUCUAAGAUGACUGUCAACAAGUGUAGCACUACGGACAAUGUUCAACAUACACAGACAAUCAAAUGUCGGUUAUGUACUACAGAGUACCACCUGGAGCCACGCACCGGCAGCUGCUACAAGUUCCACCAGCUCCCCCGGACCUGGCACCAGGCCGCCGCCGCCUGCUUCUCUGAAGGAAGCCAUCUUGCCAUCAUCAACAGCCCUAUAGAGUCCCAAGUCCUGAAGGACUUGUUUGCGAAGUACCCUGAGAACACGUUGCGGCCGUUGCGGGUGAAAUACCCUCAUGUUGCUAUGAUUGGCUUUUGGGACUGGAAUGAGCAUGCAAGGAAUGGAGAGUGGUUGACAAUUUUUGGAGAGACACUAACCGACGCCGGUUUCUCAACAUGGAGUCCAAACGAGCCGAACAACGCGUUCGGGAUCGAGUUCUGCGGCUCCAUAGCCCGCGACGGACUGCUCAACGACUUCGAGUGCAACACCACUGCUGUUUUCAUCUGCGAGAUCACUCACACUUAA